AAUAUCCUCCAUCAAACACAGAGAGAGAGGGCUUAGGGUUUGCUGCCCAAACCCACCCUCUGCUUUGAGCUUCACAACAACAACAACAUCAACAUCAACAUCAACAUCAACUCAACUCUCCUGUGCUGUUCUUCAUUUGCUUAGAGGAAGAAACAAUGGCCCUUUUUCACACUCCCCAUCUCUUAGUUUUCACUUUUGGCAUUCUUGGUAACAUCGUUUCCUUCUUCGUCUACUUGGCUCCUUUGCCGACAUUCAACAGAAUAUGGCGAAAGAAGUCGACGGAGGGCUUCCACGCGCUGCCAUAUUUAGUAGCACUCUUCAGCUCCGCCCUAUGGCUCUUCUACGCCUUCCUCAAAACCAACACUUUCCUUCUCAUCACCAUCAACUCCUUUGGCUGCGUCAUCGAGUUUCUCUACUUCCUCCUCUUUAUUCUAUUCGCCACCAAUCCAAUUAGGAUGAUGACCAUCAGACUGUUUGCUGUGAUGAACAUGGGGCUGUUUGGGUUCAUCCUUCUUGCCAUUCACUUCAUUCCUAAGCCUUCAAACCGUGUUCAAGUUAUGGGCUGGAUUUGUGUGACCGUUUCUGUCUCUGUUUUUGCAGCUCCGUUAAGCAUUCUGAGACAAGUCAUUCGAACAAAGAGCGUUGAGUACAUGCCAUUUACACUCUCAUUCUUCCUUACAUUGAGUGCCAUAAUGUGGUUUGCUUAUGGUGUUUUCUUGAACGACAUAUGCGUUGCCAUUCCAAACGUGGUGGGGUUUGUAUUGGGGUUGGUUCAGAUGGUGGUGUAUGCAAUUUACAGAAAGGGAAGAAUGGAAGAAGAGAAGGUAGCAGAGGAAGUAAAAGGCAGAGCAGUGGUAGCUGAGGUUCAUCCUGUGAAGGCCAACGGAAAUGACGCACAAAAGGAUGUAAUGAUAAUAAUAAAGGAGGAACAACUUCAUGAAACCGCAAUCAGCUGUGACAAAAGCAAUAUUAAUCAAUCUCCACUUUAGUUCUACCUUACAUCAUCAUCAUCAAACUUUCUGUUGUUGUUGUUGUAAUUUCUAUACCAUUUGGGAGUGGAGUGAAGAAGAAGAAGAAGAAGAUGAUGAUGUUGAUAACAUCAGCAACAAUGGCCCUUUCCUUUUACCUACUACUGCUAUUAUUGUUACCUUUGCUUCAUUUCUUCUCUUAUAUAUCAACUAUUAAUCACACCCCAUUUUCGUC